AGCACGUCUUGAGGGCACUCCAAGACUGGCAGAGUUGAAUGCAAAGACGAAGAACAGGAGAAGCACUGAUGCUGCCUUUAGAUUUGAGCUCAGUAACAUCCGAAUUUUAGAGCUAUGCUGAUAUUCCACGGAACCUGCACUAUUUUACUGUUUUCUCUACAUUCAUAAGAAGUGUAGUCACUGCUUCUCAAAGGAUGCAUAUUAAGACAUUUUAAUGUCUAAAGAACCCGAUUACAUGGAUUAUUAUCGCUCACUGUCCAGCUAUUUUGUUAAAUUUGUUCUAUAGAGUGCCAGUUGCGAAGGAGCUGUUAUUUCUGGAGGUCUUAGCAAAUAAAUUGUUCUUUUUCUCGUUUCGAAAUAAAACCCGUUUUCAGCAGAAGAGAGCGCCCAACAACAUCGGAUUCUUCUCGCAUUAGUGCCUGUGGAUCUCUCACUUGUUAUAAUCAGAUCUGGACUGGUGAACUCUUUUUACAUCGCAAUGGAUACAACUAUGUGGAGUUAUAUAUUUGGUCUUUUCGUGGUUGCUUGUCGAGUAAGACUGGCUCGAUCAACAGUUUUAGAAUCAAUAUAUUGGAAUACUUCGAACACCAAGUUUGUUCCAGGAAGGGGUGUAGUACUAUACCCUCAGAUCGGAGACAAAAUGGACAUUGUGUGUCCAAGAAUCAAGCCAGGCUCCACUGAGCAGAUGAACAUUGAAUACUUCCGGGUCUAUCUUGUUCCCAAGGAACAAUUGGAGACCUGUAGUGUUACUAAAGGCGACAUGUUACUGCUCAACUGUGACAAGCCGGACCAGGACGUGAAGUUCACCUUCAAGUUUCAAGAGUUCAGCCCCAACCUGUGGGGCCUGGAGUUCUUCAAAGGGAAGGACUAUCACAUCAUCUCCACAUCCAACAGCACGUUUGAAGGUUUGGACAACCAUGAUGGCGGUGUUUGUAAGACCAAAUCCAUGAAGCUGGUUCUGAGAGUUGGACAGAGUCCUACAGAUUCAUUCUCAGCAAAAAAUCAUCCCACAAGAUAUCCUCCGAAAUACCCUGACAAUAAGCACCAAAGCACCUUCAGCAAAGAGAACGAUGUUGUCAGCAAAACUGACUCCAUACAGAAUGGUGAGGCCGGAGGGAAGAGCGGCGAGUCUGUAGGAUCCGCUGGAUCUGAAGUAGCCCUGUUCGCUGGUGUUGCAUCCGGUGGUGUCAUCUUCAUCAUCAUCAUCAUCGCUCUUGUAGCACUGCUGCAUCGGCGUCAUCAGAAACACUCGGCACAGUGCUCCGCCCAGCUGCCGUUAAACACGCUGCCCAAACGCGGAAGUGCCGCCAGCGGCGGUAGCAACAAUAAUGGCUCCGAGCCCAGUGACAUCAUCUUCCCACUGCGAACCUCGGGAAGCAUGUACUGUCCGCACUACGAGAAGGUUAGUGGUGACUACGGACACCCAGUCUACAUCGUCCAAGAAAUGCCACCACAAAAUCCUGCAAACAUUUACUACAAGGUUUGACAGAGCAUGGAAAAGCUACGGACGCUGGAGAGCGACUGGCAUUGUUUUUGAUGAUGGACGUCAGUGUUUUGGUGCCAUUGCCAUUAUUUAGCCCUGUUGGCUGGAUGCUAGAAGGGCCGAAGUGUCGUCUAGUUCAGAAGAACUCAUUCUUUGUUGGUCUUAAGGCCUGAUUCUGGAUUAGAUGCUGGUGCACAUGGGAAUUUGCUCUUCUGUUUAUACCUUGACAUGGAAAACUGAUGACUUUCAAAGCGCAGAACAAAUCAUGAGCUGCAAAAUCAUGCUGAACAAACAUUAGGAAAAUACAAGACUAUUUUUUUUUAUUUAUUGGUUUUUGAUUGUUUUUAUGUUUCUCAUCUCCCAGAUCUUGAAAAUCGAACUUUUUAAUGCACGAGAAGAGGCCUUGAUUCCUGUACUUUGCAGUUUUUCGAUGUGUGUCGAGUCCAUCCGAUGUGAUUUAGGCUGUCUGCAUCCCAAAGCUGGCCUGAUGGAUGCAUAUUACAUAUCAGUUCAGACAUUUGUGGCCCUUAUGCUGUUGAUGUGCGAGCCGGUGUGGUCCAAAACGCAUGUGGUUCUUUUAUCCCCAUUUGCUUAUAACUUUUCAAACAUUUAUUCAAACAGCAAACAAACAAAACUAAAGAUCAACAUACAGAAAGAUCCUUUGUUGACUUGGUAAUGUAAAUACAAUAGCAGAGCAUUGAAAUUAUGCUCCAAGUUAUGUUUUCUAUGAAUCUGAACAUUGCUCGUUUCAUCACUGAAUGUUCAGUCAAUUUUGUUAAAAUACUUCAGGGGUUUACGUCAGCAAACAAGAAGCGACAUGUUGGAUAUAAUAGAUUUUUUUUUUUUUUUUUUAAUCUUGCAUUUGUUAAAAUUGUUUGUUGGUUCUAUAGCCAAUAGUGUGUUGAGGAAAUUUCACAUUCCAGAUGGCUGACAACAUUGAACGAAAUGAUUCGCCAUAGUCGCUUGUGCUGCUCGCUCUCUCUCUCUCUCUCUUUUCUUUUUUGCUUGAAUGAAUGAAUGAAUGAAAAGUUCACAAAAUGUUUUCUAUUGUUCAAAUAAAAAAAGUGGCCUCUUACUCAAAACAAA